AUGGAGUGCGCCGGAAGGGGAAGCCGGAGCCCGUGCUCGGGCCCGGCCACCAGACCCUGCAGUCGCUGCCGAGUCGUUGCCUAUUGCUCCAUUUCUCACCAGGUUUCCCAUUGGAGUGUGCAUAAGAAAGAGUGUGAAAGAUUACAACAGCAAAUGAAGCGUGCUAAUGUCUUGAGUAAUUUCCCUUUCCAAUUUACUCGACAGAUGUGUGAAAAGCAGGAGGUGCGUUGUUCACUGUUAAUAAGAAAUGGAAUUCACCGUACAGGAAUGUGGAUGUGUGAAUGUAGUUGCGAGGGAUCAGCUACUUCUUCCGAUCAUUCUGGGUUGCUUGAAGGUUGGAAUCUUCCAAGUGCAUUAUGCCCUUGUAAAGGGCCUUCUUCUCCAAUUCCCGAACUAACAGGUUGGAAGGAUUACUAUGAAUGGAGGUGCAUCCCACUUUGUUCUCCUGCUGCUUUACUUCUUCACUGGCCACUCACAAUAUAUUGGGCUAUUCGGCUUGCAACUUUUAAAAGCUUGAUUCCUGCAAUUGGUAAUGAAAUGCGCAUACAUUACCUAGAUACUCUUAUUCCACAAAUUGAUGACAUGUGCUACUUAUGGAAUGGUGGUUAUCUCAGUCCCAUAGCCACGCGAUUCUGUAGCUAUGGGGACGCCUAA